CGCAUUUCGAAGAUACGCCAACCCAAGUCAGAGACUGUUUACUAGCCGGAUGACUUUAUUUAAUUUUCACUUAUAAAAAACACUAAAGGAGAAUAGGAUAAGAAAUGGGAUGUACUAACACGAUGCGUGAGACUUCCACUCAAUAUCGUAUUCAGUUUUGGUGAUCGGAGAUUUUAAUUUGUCGCUGCAGGGCACUGCGAGAAAAGGAAAGCCUUUUCAAUCAUGGACAGAUUAGAAAGGCUCUUUGACGGUGAAGGUCGCUGGAUAUCCUGGAGAAAUAUAGCUGGGUUUUGGUGGCUCGGGCUGUGCAACAACUUCGCCUACGUGGUGAUGCUGAGCGCGGCGCACGACAUCCUGAAGCAGCAGGAGACCAACGGCACCGAGCCUGUACGCAUCUCCGUGAACUUCACACGUGCACAGAGAAAUCGCUAUUUUAUGGAAAUUUCGACAGCUGCGCAUUCCUAUCAUCUGGAUCGCGGAAAUAGCAGCAGCAGCAGCUACGACUGUAACCCUGUUUCCACUGCGGCGGUACUUCUGGCUGACAUUCUUCCCACUCUCCUCAUCAAAGCAGUCGCACCCUUCUUUAUCCACCAGCUCCCUUAUGGGUUCCGUGUGUUGAUGUGUAUUGCCACGGCAACCGCCAGCUUCCUGUUGGUGUCUUUCUCUUCCAGUGUGGCCAUGAGCAUUCUGGGGGUGGUGUUUGCUAGCAUUAGCUCGGGGCUGGGAGAGCUGUCUUUCCUCUCCCUCACAGUCUUCUUCCCCAGGUUUGUGCUGGGGGGCUGGGGAUCCGGUACCGGCGGAGCAGGGGUGGCUGGGGCACUUCUGUACGCAGCUUUUACUCAAGCUGGCCUCUCGCCGCGGGAAACCCUGCUGGUUAUGCUGGUGGUCCCCAUUAUCAUGGCUGCCAGCUAUUAUUUACUGCUGGUGUUUCCGGCCUCGUUCCCACAAUGGCAUUGUGUGGUAGAAGAGGGUCGUACGCCGAACACAGACCAGGAGAGACGCCCCCUGGUGAGUGGCGAGGAGAACGAAGAGAUCAGGGAUGGGGAAGCACCAGCAGAGGACAGCCGGGGCCCGCUGACCUACAAAGACAGACUUGCCAUCUUGAGAGGUCUGCUGCGGUUUAUCAUUCCACUGGGUGUCGUCUAUUUUGCCGAGUAUUUCAUCAACCAGGGCCUGCUGGAACUGCUGUACUUUCCAGGCUUUUCCCUGUCCCACGCUGAGCAGUACCGCUGGUACCAGACUGUCUAUCAGAUCGGUGUGUUCGUCUCCCGCUCCUCCCUGUUUUGUGUGAAGAUCCGCGGGGUGUGGCUGAUGUCAGUGCUGCAGUGCAUCAACGCCUUGCUGCUCUUCUUCGCGGUUUAUUACCACAUCCUGUCCAAUGCCAUCCUCGUCUUCGUGAUAGUCGCUUACGAAGGACUUCUGGGGGGCGCCGCGUAUGUCAACACCUUUCAUUUCAUCAGCAAGGAGACUGGAGACCGGGAGCGGGAGUUUGCCAUGGCCGCCGCCAGCGUGGGGGACAGCUUCGGCAUCGCGCUCUCAGCUGCCCUCUCCUUCCCCGUCCACAACUACUUCUGCUCGCUGUGACCCGUGGAGUGAAUUUACCACGCUGUCCUGCCAUUUACUGUUUACGUUCUGUGCAGCCAAUUGACUAGCAGGCUGCUCCCUGUUACCCACUAACAUGCUGCUGAUUCUCGAUUCUCUGACUAAUUAAAUUAAUGUUCUCUUAGCACUUUGAAGCAUUUUUUUUGAGGAUGGGUGAUUCCGUCCGAGUCUUUUAUGUUCAAACAAAACUCUGAUCACACAAUAUAGAGAAAGGUCUCUGUUGUGGAAUAAAACGGCUGUCUGUUCCCACUAA